UGUGCGGGGGUCGCUGCGGAGAGCCCUACGUCCCUGCUCCUGAAAGAAUAGCGGAGGGCGCCCCUGUCCAUGUCCUACGACUCCCGGGCCUCCGGGAGUAAAGGGGAGCCAGAGUCCGGAGGGCCCUGGGACGCGGGCGAGCGCGCCCCCGGGCCGCGGACCGCGCACACAGCCCGCACAGCCCACGCCGCGGGCCAGCGACACCCGGGCCCGCCACCAUGACUUCCAGCAAGAUCGAGAUGCCAGGCGAGGUGAAGGCCGACCCCGCCGCCCUCAUGGCUUCCCUGCACCUCUUGCCGUUGCCCACGCCCAACCUCGAGAUCAAGUACACCAAGAUUUUUAUUAACAAUGAGUGGCAGAACUCGGAGAGUGGGAGAGUGUUCCCUGUCUAUAAUCCAGCCACAGGAGAACAGGUGUGUGAAGUUCAAGAAGCAGACAAGGCAGAUAUAGACAAAGCAGUGCAGGCAGCCCGCCUGGCUUUCUCUCUUGGUUCAGUGUGGAGACGAAUGGAUGCUUCAGAAAGAGGACGUCUGUUGGAUAAGCUUGCAGACCUGGUGGAACGAGACAGAGCAAUUCUUGCAACCAUGGAAUCCCUAAAUGGUGGCAAGCCGUUCCUGCAAGCUUUUUACGUGGAUUUGCAGGGGGUCAUCAAAACCCUUCGGUAUUAUGCAGGCUGGGCUGAUAAAAUUCACGGGAUGACCAUUCCUGUAGAUGGAGACUAUUUUACCUUUACAAGACACGAACCCAUCGGAGUGUGUGGACAGAUCAUCCCAUGGAACUUCCCCCUGCUGAUGUUUGCCUGGAAAAUUGCUCCAGCUCUGUGCUGUGGUAAUACAGUAGUUAUUAAACCAGCAGAGCAGACACCGCUCAGCGCGCUCUACAUGGGAGCCCUCAUCAAGGAGGCUGGCUUUCCACCAGGAGUCAUCAAUAUUUUGCCAGGAUUUGGGCCGACAGCUGGGGCAGCAAUAGCUUCUCAUAUUGGCAUAGACAAGAUUGCAUUCACAGGGUCUACUGAGGUCGGAAAGCUUAUCCAAGAAGCAGCUGGAAGAAGUAAUUUGAAGAGAGUAACUCUGGAACUUGGAGGGAAAAGUCCCAAUAUUAUUUUUGCAGAUGCCGAUUUGGACUACGCCGUGGAGCAGGCUCACCAGGGUGUGUUCUUCAACCAAGGCCAGUGCUGCACUGCGGGGUCUCGCAUCUUCGUGGAGGAGUCCAUCUAUGAGGAGUUUGUGAGAAGAAGUGUGGAGCGGGCCAAGAGGCGCAUAGUGGGGAGUCCCUUUGACCCCACCACUGAGCAGGGACCCCAGAUUGAUAAGAAACAGUACAACAAGAUCCUGGAACUCAUCCAAAGUGGCGUGGCCGAGGGCGCCAAGCUGGAAUGUGGAGGCAAAGGGCUGGGCCGGAAGGGGUUCUUCAUCGAGCCCACGGUGUUCUCCAACGUCACUGAUGACAUGCGGAUUGCCAAGGAGGAGAUCUUUGGUCCUGUUCAGGAAAUUCUGAGGUUUAAGACUAUGGAUGAAGUUAUUGAAAGAGCCAAUAACUCCAACUUUGGACUUGUAGCUGCUGUCUUUACCAAUGACAUCAACAAGGCCCUCACAGUGUCCUCUGCGAUGCAAGCUGGGACUGUUUGGAUCAAUUGUUACAAUGCCUUAAAUGCCCAGAGCCCCUUCGGGGGAUUCAAGAUGUCUGGAAAUGGGAGAGAAAUGGGAGAAUUCGGUUUGCGAGAGUACUCCGAAGUUAAGACUGUGACAGUAAAGAUCCCCCAGAAGAAUUCCUAAGAAGGCCAAGAAGGAAGGUGAAGGCCCGCCUGCACUACCCUCCCUCUCUGCUCUCCCUGUAGGGCCCAGCUCUCAGGAAUCCAAAGUUGACACUCAGUCCUUAUUUAAAGAUUUAAAUGAUAUCAUGUAAGCCGGGCCGGUCACUGCAUAACUAAAGCCAACCGGCUGGGCACAGUUUCUUGGCAUUUUGUAAGGGAUCACCUUAAUGAUACCAAAUAUUGGGGAAGGUGGGAUGAAGGUAAGAGGAGCAGCUAUCGGCACGUCCGGUAUCUCUUUCUGAAGUGAGGAGCUGAAUGAGGGAGCUGUAUUAUCUGAUGCCUUGUGUCACAAAGAACUUUCCUCUUAAGGAAAAGUAGCCUUUCCACUGUCUUCAUUUUUCCCCUUCCAGGCUCUCCCUGCUCACCCACUCCUCCUGCUCCUCCAAGGAGAUCUCAGCUGAGCUCAUUUGGGGCAGAUGUUUGGGCCGGGAACAAUUUUCCAAGAUUUUGCAGCCAAAUUACCAUUUCUUGUUAUCCAUUUCUUCAAAGCAAAACAUGAAAUGGUUUUAGUUAGAGCCAGACCAGACUGAAAAUGCCAGGAGCUGGUAUACUGCAGAUACACGAGGAAGUGAAGCUUGGGAUGUUCCUGACCCAGUCCGGUUUUCUUACAUUCAUAAAUAACAUGUGCGAAAGAACAGGAAAUGAAGACACAGAGAUCACCAUGUUUAGUUCACAGCUUCUGAGCUUGCUGCAUGGGUUUGGGGUGUGUGUUUGUGUGCGUGCACGUGCACACACGCACUUGCACACAUUUAUUUCUGUCCUGGUUCUUCCAGAAUAAGGUAGGGGGUGGGUUGUUUUUCAUAGACUGAUAAGAUCUUUUCCAAAGCGUAUCUUUAAAAUCAACCAGAAAAUGAUCUGAGUAGGCUCAAGAAUUUGGAAAAAGGUAGUGCUGGGUGCCUUGCAGAAAUAAGAUUGUUUCUCAUACUGUUUGACAAUUCUUAGUGAAUUAUCUCUGCAGUUGGAUUUCUAGCUUCUUCUGCCUCCCGCCCCCGCCCCCUGCUGCCCUCACCAGUUCCCACCACACCAACAUCUGCUACUCCCAGUGAUCUGGGUGUUACUUUGGCCUAUCGUGCCUUAAAUGCCCUAUAUUCACUGGCAGUAACCUUAGAAAAUCUGGCCAAGCCUAGUGGUUUUCUUUUCUGUUUGCACAGCUCUCGUGUGCCACGAUGGCCAUGUGCCACCAGAGCUCCUCUGUCAUGCCCACUGGCUCGUGCAUAUGCCAUUCUUGCCUCUUGGCCUCUGGAGGGGGCGAUGAGAAGCAGGCUGGCUCCCUUUCCUCCCAGCCACACACUCCUGUUCUGCUUUCCAGCGAACCCACCAGUGUGACAUGAGCGGUGUCAGCUUCCUUUCCUCCUUCCCUCUUUCCAACUGCUGAAUUCAAGCCAGUCUCUAACCUAGAUGAAGAUCAUUUAUUUAAAAGUACCAAACAUAACCUAGAGUAUACGGAAUAUGGGCAACACAUAUAGCCUUCUGUAUUUAACUGUUUUCUGCUUUCUAACCAUAUCGGUUUUCUGUUUCUAAUCAUUUUCUAUUCAUGAUGUUUUAAAGAAAUCUACUUGCUGUUAUUUGCAAACGACAGUGAAUUCAGUGGCCCAAUGCCUGGAGAGAUGCCACAUUUCUGAGUUCGUCCAUGUGAAUGUCAUGCUCUCCCCUUAUAGCGUGUGUCCAAGUGAACAUAUCCAUUAACCAGCUAGUUACCUUUGAACUGCAAUAGAGAAUGUGAAAAUGAAGAUUUAUUUCUUUUAAUUUACUUAAAAAAAAAAACCUCUGUGCUAGUAAUAAAGCAUUUAUAUUGU